UGUGCCACCGUCAUCGGGUUCUGCUAUUGGGCAUCAGAGCUGAUCCUGGCGCAGCAGCAGCAGCACAAGAAGUACCACGGCUCCCAGGUCUACGUCACCUUCGCCGUCAGCUUCUACCUGGUGGCGGGGGCAGGGGGGGCCUCGAUCCUGGCCACGGCUGCCAACCUCCUCCGACAUUAUCCCACCGAGGAGGAGGAGCAGGCGCUGGAGCUGCUCUCGGAGAUGGAGGAGAACGAGCCCUACCCAGCCGAGUACGAGGUGAUCAACCAGUUCCAGCCCCCGCCAGCCUACACCCCCUGAUCCCACCUGGAAUGUCCCUCUGGCCCCGCUCCCACCUCCUGCGGCUCCCGGGGCUGUCUACAAGAGGUUUUUGGGGUGGAUUGGCGGCGUUUGAUUCCCAACCUUGGGUUUGUGGCUCUGUGGCGACGUUUGGACACAGCCUCGUUUCCCCCACAUGGCUCCUCCUGGGAAUGGGGCAUCCACAGUUCCCCUGGGAAUGAGGGAUCCACAAUUCUCCUGGGAAUGAGAGGUUUGGGAUCCACAAUUCUUCUUGGAAUGGGGGAUGUGGGGUCCACAGUUCUCCUCAGGAUGAGGGUGGGGGAUCUGCAUUCCCACAUCAGAGCUCAUUCCCUCUUCCUCCAAGGCCCCCAAGGCCCGGACAUAAGUGGAUAUAUUUAUAUAUAUUUAUAUAUUUAUAUCAGGGAAGCUCCCACCGCAUUCCUGGGGCACAGAGGGCUGAUCCUGCAUGGCAGGAGGUAGAAAUUCCCAUUCCCGGCUCUCCCUGUGCCUCUCUUCCCACCACACGUACAUUCUGCACUUUAUUCCAGGCUCUGGGAAGGACUGGGACAGUUUUGGGGCCUCCGGCACAGCACAGGAAGGAAAACUCUGGGGUUUGUUGGGAACAUCCACCUUCCGAUGGCAAAAUUUGGGGAUUUUUAGCCAAAAAAACCCCAGACCUUGGCCCAGCCACAGCUCCUGGGAAGCAGGAGGAGCCCACACUGGAAAAAUCCUGGAGCUUUUAUGCAAAUCCUUCCACACCACCCCCACUCUCCUGCUUUUUCCACCCAAAUUUCAUGUUUUUCCCUCCUGCUCUUGGUUCAUUGCCCCAUUUCCCUCCUCAAUCCCUGGGAUGCUCCAUCCACGAGCAGACACUUUCCCUGGAUAGUGCUGGAACACCAGGAGAAGCUGAUCCAGCAUUUCCCAACCUAGAGGAGGAAUCCAGCGGCGGGGGGGGUGCUGUUUAAGGCAAAUAAUAAGGAAAAAACCCAUGGAAUUCAUCAACCAGCAGCGAAAAUCCCACUGGGGAAUCAUGGAAUAGUUUGGCUUGAAGGACGUGAAAGAUGAUUCAGGAAAGCCCCAGGCUGGCUCCAGGAAGAAACUUUAGGCCUGGAAAACAGCUUGUUUUAGGUUCUUCACCCUCCCCCCAGUGCUUUUAUUCCUAUUUUCCUGCUUUCUUAUCCCAUCCCCUUUUCCACCCUGCCCCUGGCUAUGCAAGAGUCUCGGUUGCUCUCUGGAGUGGAAUCCGGAAAACUUAUCCCGGGAAAAACCCUUCCUGAGCCCUGGGAGGCUCCAAGGAGCCAAAUCAACACUAAAAUCCCUUCAGGGGGAUCCCAGGAAUGGGUGGUCAGGGGCUCCCAGAGGGAACAUCCCACAGCUGGGAAAGGCUUUGGGAUUCCCUAGAUAUGCAAGAGGGGGGUUGGGUGUAAAUAGUCUGAGCUUAAAUGUUCUGAAUUUGGGUAAAAAAAGACCCCAAAAAGGGACAUGAUGUUUCUUGCGGGGCUUGGGGGGGAAGGUCAGGGUUUGGAAAUGUUGGGAUGUGGGAGCUGUGGGAUUUGGGGCUCCAAGGGGAAUAAAGGGGUGCAAAGA